AUGGACGUGGACGGAGAGUGUGGGACGGACAGGAGCGAGGCGAUGGCGGAAGAGGGGGCGGAGGGGAAGGCUGUUAAGGGCGGGAGAAUGGACGGAGCUGCACAGGAGAAGGUCGUAGUUCUGCUGGGGGAGGGAAGGGAUGGAGUUAAUAGCUUCGCGCGGAACCUUGGUAAGACUGAGGAAGAACAAGUUGGGGACACAGAGGUGGUGGGGAGGGAGGAAGAGGAGGAGAAGGAAGGGGUGGUUGCAGUGGGGGAGGCGGAGGAGGAAGGCGUGGAGGAGAGCGAGUUGCGGGAUGUGGUGGCACCGAUGCCGGUGAUUGGGGGGGAAGCACAGGGUGCAUGUGGGGUUGUUGCGGAGAGCAGUGGGGCCGAGUUUAAGAAGGAGGCGGCAGCAGCAGGGGUGGCAGCGGGCAAGGCAAGGCGGCGAGUGCGGUUUGAGGAGGGGGAGAAGGGGCUGCAUGGGCUGGCAGCGCUGAGGCUGCGGCAGCACGUGGCCCCCCGCACACAGGCGGCAGCAGAGGACGGGUCGGUGGGGGGCAGCAGGGGGGCAGGGGCAGAGGCAGGCGUGGGGUGGGCGGGUGGCAGGGCAAGCGGUGGCGGCAGCAGCAGCAGUGCUGGUGGGCUGGCUGGUGGAGGGCUGCUUGGGCGACCUCCCCCGUUGGCGCGAGCCACAAGUGACUGCUCGUGGGAGAUGCGGCGAGUGGCCUUACUGGGGGCACAGCACGGCACUCCGCGCGCAUCGGCCGCUCACUCCCACCUCAAGUUCUCCGACGCACUCGACCAGCUCGAGCAACAGCUGGGCCACUCCAGCCCAACCAGAGAGGAUGACUUCUCUCUCGCCAAUGACUGGGAGGAGCAGCCAGACCAGCAGGAAUGGAGUUCCCAAGGGUCACCAGCAGAGGGAAAACCGGCUGUGGAGGCAGAGGCAGUAGAGGGUGGGGGCACAGAGGAAGUGGUGCGGAGGAAGGAGGAGGAGGACGAGGAAGGGGUGGUGGCAGUGCGGGAGGCGGAGGAAGGGGUGGAGGAGAGCGAGCUGCGGGAUGUGGUGGCACCGAUACCAGUGAUUGGCGGCGGGGGGGAGUUGGCGGGGGCGGUGGCAGCAGCAGGGGUGGCAGUGGGCAAGGCAAGGCGGCGAGUGCGGUUUGAGGAGGGGGAGAAGGGGCUGCAUGGGCUGGCAGCGCUGAGGCUGCGGCAGCACGUGGCCCCCCGCACACAGGCGGCAGCAGAGGACGGGUCGGUGGGGGGCAGCAGGGGGGCAGGGGCAGAGGCAGGCGUGGGGUGGGCGGGUGGCAGGGCAAGCGAUGGCGGCAGCAGCAGCAGUGCUGGUGGGCUGGCUGGUGGAGGGCUGCUUGGGCGACCUCCCCCGUUGGCGCGAGCCACAAGUGACUGCUCGUGGGAGAUGCGGCGAGUGGCCUUACUGGGGGCACAGCACGGCACUCCACGCGCAUCGGCCGCUCACUCCCACCUCAAGUUCUCCGACGCACUCGACCAGCUCGAGCAGCAGCUGGGCCAGUCCAGCCCAACCAGAGAGGAUGACGUCUCUCUCGCCAAUGACUGGGAGGAGCAGCCAGACCAGCAGGAAUGGAGUUCCCAAGGGCCACCAGCAGACGGAAAGCCGGCUGUGGAGGCAGAGGCAGUAGAGGGUGGGAGCACAGAGGAAGUGGUGCGGAGGAAGGAGGAGGAGGACGAGGAAGGGGUGGUGGCAGUGGGGGAGGCGGAGGAAGGGGUGGAGGAGAGCGAGCUGCGGGAUGUGGUGGCACCGAUACCAGUGAUUGGCGGCGGGGGGGAGUUGGCGGGGGCGGUGGCAGCAGCAGGGGUGGCAGCGGGCAAGGCAAGGCGGCGAGUGCGGUUUGAGGAGGGGGAGAAGGGGCUGCAUGGGCUGGCAGCGCUGAGGCUGCGGCAGCACGUGGCCCCCCGCACACAGGCGGCAGCAGAGGACGGGUCGGUGGGGGGCAGCAGGGGGGCAGGGGCAGAGGCAGGCGUGGGGUGGGCGGGUGGCAGGGCAAGCGAUGGCGGCAGCAGCAGCAGUGCUGGUGGGCUGGCUGGUGGAGGGCUGCUUGGGCGACCUCCCCCGUUGGCGCGAGCCACAAGUGACUGCUCGUGGGAGAUGCGGCGAGUGGCCUUACUGGGGGCACAGCACGGCACUCCACGCGCAUCGGCCGCUCACUCCCACCUCAAGUUCUCCGACGCACUCGACCAGCUCGAGCAGCAGCUGGGCCAGUCCAGCCCAACCAGAGAGGAUGACGUCUCUCUCGCCAAUGACUGGGAGGAGCAGCCAGACCAGCAGGAAUGGAGUUCCCAAGGGCCACCAGCAGAAGGAAAGCCGGCUGUGGAGGCAGAGGGAGUAGAGGGUGGGGGCACAGAGGAAGUGGUGCGGAGGAAGGAGGAGGAGGAGGAGGAAGGGGUGGUGGCAGUGGGGGAGGCGGAGGAAGGGGUGGAGGAGAGCGAGCUGCGGGAUGUGGUGGCACCGAUACCAGUGAUUGGCGGCGGGGGGGAGUUGGCGGGGGCGGUGGCAGCAGCAGGGGUGGCAGCGGGCAAGGCAAGGCGGCGAGUGCGGUUUGAGGAGGGGGAGAAGGGGCUGCAUGGGCUGGCAGCGCUGAGGCUGCGGCAGCACGUGGCCCCCCGCACACAGGCGGCAGCAGAGGACGGGUCGGUGGGGGGCAGCAGGGGGGCAGGGGCAGAGGCAGGCGUGGGGUGGGCGGGUGGCAGGGCAAGCGAUGGCGGCAGCAGCAGCAGUGCUGGUGGGCUGGCUGGUGGAGGGCUGCUUGGGCGACCUCCCCCGUUGGCGCGAGCCACAAGUGACUGCUCGUGGGAGAUGCGGCGAGUGGCCUUACUGGGGGCACAGCACGGCACUCCACGCGCAUCGGCCGCUCACUCCCACCUCAAGUUCUCCGACGCACUCGACCAGCUCGAGCAGCAGCUGGGCCAGUCCAGCCCAACCAGAGAGGAUGACGUCUCUCUCGCCAAUGACUGGGAGGAGCAGCCAGACCAGCACGGCACUCCACGCGCAUCGGCCGCUCACUCCCACCUCAAGUUCUCCGACGCACUCGACCAGCUCGAGCAGCAGCUGGGCCACUCCAGCCCAACCAGAGAGGAUGACGUCUCUCUCGCCAAUGACUGGGAGGAGCAGCCAGACCAGCAGAAAUGGAGUUUCCAAGAGCUAUCAGACGAGAAAAAUGUGACAACGGGGGCAGAGGAAGUAGAGGGUGGGGGCACAAAGGAGGUGGUGGAGAGGGAGGAGGAGGUGGUGGUGGUUGCAGCGGAGGAGGAGGAAGGGGUGGAGGAGAGCGAGUUGCGGGAUGUGGUGGCGCCUAUGUUGGUGAUUGGUGGGGGUGCUGGAGAGGGCAGGGGGGAGGAGUUGGCGGGGGCGGUGGUGGAAGCAGGGGUGGCAGCGGGCAAGGCAAGGCGGCGAGUGCGGUUUGAGGAGGGGGAGAAGGGGCUGCAUGGGCUGGCAGCGCUGAGGCUGCGGCAGCACGUGCCCCCCCGCACACAGGCGGCAGCAGAGGACGGGUCGGUGGGGGGCAGCAGGGGGGCAGGGGCAGAGGCAGGCGUGGGGUGGGCGGGUGGCAUGGCAAGCGAUGGCGGCAGCAGCAGCAGUGCUGGCGGGCUGGCUGGUGGAGGGCUGCUUGGGCGACCUCCCCCGUUGGCGCGAGCCACAAGUGACUGCUCGUGGGAGAUGCGGCGAGUUGCCUUAUUGGGGGCACAGCACGGCACUCCGCGCGCAUCGGCCGCUCACUCCCACCUCAAGUUCUCCGACGCACUCGACCAGCUCGAGCAGCAGCUGGGCCAGUCCAGCCCAACCAGAGAGGAUGACGUCUCUCUCGCCAAUGACUGGGAGGAGCAGCCAGACCAGGUGAGGCUGAGCACUAUGCAGGAAGUGGUGCGGAGGAAGGAGGAGGAGGAGGAGGAAGGGGUGGUGGCAGUGGGGGAGGCGGAGGAAGGGGUGGAGGAGAGCGAGCUGCGGGAUGUGGUGGCACCGAUACCAGUGAUUGGCGGCGGGGGGGAGUUGGCGGGGGCGGUGGCAGCAGCAGGGGUGGCAGCGGGCAAGGCAAGGCGGCGAGUGCGGUUUGAGGAGGGGGAGAAGGGGCUGCAUGGGCUGGCAGCGCUGAGGCUGCGGCAGCACGUGGCCCCCCGCACACAGGCGGCAGCAGAGGACGGGUCGGUGGGGGGCAGCAGGGGGGCAGGGGCAGAGGCAGGCGUGGGGUGGGCGGGUGGCAGGGCAAGCGAUGGCGGCAGCAGCAGCAGUGCUGGUGGGCUGGCUGGUGGAGGGCUGCUUGGGCGACCUCCCCCGUUGGCGCGAGCCACAAGUGACUGCUCGUGGGAGAUGCGGCGAGUGGCCUUACUGGGGGCACAGCACGGCACUCCACGCGCAUCGGCCGCUCACUCCCACCUCAAGUUCUCCGACGCACUCGACCAGCUCGAGCAGCAGCUGGGCCAGUCCAGCCCAACCAGAGAGGAUGACGUCUCUCUCGCCAAUGACUGGGAGGAGCAGCCAGACCAGAAAUGGAGUUUCCAAGAGCUAUCAGACGAGAAAAAUUUGACAACGGGGGCAGAGGAAGUAGAGGGUGGGGACACAAAGGAGGUGGUGGAGAGGGAGGAGGAGGUGGUGGUGGUUGCAGCGGAGGAGGAGGAAGGGGUGGAGGAGAGCGAGUUGCGGGAUGUGGUGGCGCCUAUGUUGGUGAUUGGUGGGGGUGCUGGAGAGGGCAGGGGGGAGGAGUUGGCGGGGGCGGUGGUGGAAGCAGGGGUGGCAGCGGGCAAGGCAAGGCGGCGAGUGCGGUUUGAGGAGGGGGAGAAGGGGCUGCAUGGGCUGGCAGCGCUGAGGCUGCGGCAGCACGUGCCCCCCCGCACACAGGCGGCAGCAGAGGACGGGUCGCACGGCACUCCGCGCGCAUCGGCCGCUCACUCCCACCUCAAGUUCUCCGACGCACUCGACCAGCUCGAGCAGCAGCUGGGCCACUCCAGCCCAACCAGAGAGGAUGACGUCUCUCUCGCCAAUGACUGGGAGGAGCAGCCAGACCAGCACGGCACUCCACGCGCAUCGGCCGCUCACUCCCACCUCAAGUUCUCCGACGCACUCGACCAGCUCGAGCAGCAGCUGGGCCAGCCUAACCCUGCACACGAGCAGCAAGAGGAGCACACACACCACGACCUCACGGAGGACAUGGUGUCUGAACUUCCUGAGGAAUUGGGGCGCUUUGAUUAA